AUUACUUGUCCAAGCCGCUCUUGUAGCGGGGCAGCGGCUCCUUUCAUAAUGAUGUCGGCGAGAAGACAAGACAGAUUCCCUUACGGAGAGUACGAGUUUCCGUACAUAGUUAGAACAACAAGAGCUCUUCAAUUUGGCUGCUGCUUACUACAGAUACUAAUAAUUUAUUCUGAAUCUGGAAGUAUUGGUAUGAUUCCGUUUGUCUACUACAAUACAGUAUGUGCUAUGUAUACAAUGCAUGUUUUUAGAAGAUGGUGCUUAAAUAUUGAUGGGCGCUUUGACUUACGCCAGCUACUGCGUGAACCCGAAAAUACAACCAAAAUACAAUACGCAAUUGCGUUAUUCACACCAAGCUUUUUAAGUAUACUGAUAUUUCUUUCUGUAUAUAUCUACACUCCUGCCCUUCACAUUAUCUGGACAGCUACAUGUAUACUCGAGAUUAUUCUAGCAGUAGGACUGAUUAGUCUUGAAUGCUAUGAAGUCUUCAUACUGGAAAAUUAA